GCAGAUUAACAACCCCAUGACAGAAAAUGUGAAAAUACAGAUGCCAUCAGUGUGAGAGUCUGAUCUUCCUCUGCUGCCAUAUGAACACCCUCUUUUGGACCUUCUUAAUGAAGCAGAUGUGGGCUGCUAUCAAACUCUUACUUUAGACUAAUAAUCUAAUUUAAUAUCAUUUUAGGGGAAAUAGAGCUGUACUGCAAAUUAGGAAAUGAAGUUAACAUUUACAGAACAUUUAACCAUUAUCAAUAACUGCUUUGUGCCAUGGCAACAUGUGAUAGUCAUGGAGGUUUUCCCACACAAAACAAAUAUUUGGCGUUAAAAUUAGAAGAGAACUAGGCUAGAGGGGACAAGACAUAACCCAUUUUAACUGUUCAGUAUCUCCAGCUACAGAAACGUGACUUAUGACUGUGGCUGAAACAACACUUCAGAGAGAACAGUCAGCAUUGCCUUGAAAGAUCUGCUCCCUCCCUCCAACCACAGAGACCACAUUGUUGUUUUUUCACAUUUUAUGCCUCCUUAAAAAGCUCUCACCACAAGAUUAAACAACAGUAAAAGAGAAUGUGUUUGAGGGACAUAGAGAAAGUAAGAAACAAAUGUAAAGGGUAUAUCCUGCCUGUGAGAUGCUGGUCGGUCAGCUGCUGUUACUGAUGCAAUUGGGUUCACAUGAGCUGCUGGUGGGACUCAUUUCAAUCAACAACCGCAGUAGUCUCGAGUCUGAACUCUGCUCCUUCCUACCACGCUGCCCACCACACCCCACCCAUACUCCCACCUCCCUUCUCUGCCCGAUACUCCAGUCCUCUCUCCCUGUGUUCCCUCCCCUCUGACCGAUGUUUUUUCAGUUUUCAAUUUUGUUUUCUGGGUCAGAAGACCACCUGAGCCUAUAGGCGGUAGCUGACAUGGCUCCCGAAAAGGAAAGUAAUGGCCUUGACAACUAUGCAUUUGCACUUGAAGGUCGCUUUUGUGAUCUACCUGACACAAAACAUGGAGAAGAACUGGACACGUCCCUGGAUGAAGACACCAACAAGCUAGCCUAUUGUGUGACAGAUGUGCCUCCUUGGUACCUGUGUAUCAUUCUUGGCAUCCAGCACUGUUUGACUGCAUUUGGAGGUAUCAUUGCUAUCCCGUUAAUCCUGUCUCAGGGGUUGUGUUUGCAGCAUGACGGCCUCACGCAGAGCCACCUCAUCAGCACCAUUUUCUUUGUUUCUGGCAUUUGCACUCUGUUGCAAGUUACCUUCGGCAUUCGACUCCCAAUUCUCCAAGGUGGGACAUUCACAUUACUGGCGCCUUCCAUGGCAAUGCUGUCCAUGCCAGAGUGGACAUGUCCUGCUUGGACCCAAAAUGCAAGCCUUGUCAACACCUCGUCUACAGAAUUCAUGGAGGUGUGGCAGAGUCGAAUGAGAGCACUCCAGGGGUCCAUUAUGGUGGGCUCACUCUUCCAGGUGUUUGUUGGUUUCUCUGGUCUCAUCGGCCUCUUCAUGCGAUUCAUUGGACCUCUCACCAUUGCUCCCACCAUCUCUCUCAUUGGACUGUCACUGUUUGACUCAGCUGGUGCCAGCGCUGGCAAUCACUGGGGCAUCUCUGCCAUGACCACAGCACUGAUCAUCCUGUUCUCACAGUACCUCCGUCACAUACCUGUGCCCUUUCCUACAUACAGCAAGGAUAAAAAACUGCACACCUCUCGUGUCUACGUCUUUCAGAUUCUCCCUGUUUUGCUGGGAAUCACUUUGUCUUGGCUCAUCUGCUACAUUCUGACGACUUACAGUGUACUUCCCUCUGACCCAGAUCAGUAUGGUUAUCUGGCUCGCACUGAUCUAAAGGGGGAUGUUAUGGGCCAAGCUCCCUGGUUUAGUUUCCCAUAUCCAGGUCAGUGGGGGGUGCCAACUGUGAGCCUGGCAGGGGUGGUCGGCAUCUUGGCUGGGGUGAUUUCCUCCAUGAUAGAGUCUGUUGGGGACUACCACGCUUGUGCCAGGCUAUCUGGGGCUCCACCUCCCCCUAAACAUGCUAUCAACAGGGGUAUUGGUAUUGAGGGACUGGGCUGUCUGCUGGCUGGAGCCUGGGGAACAGGAAAUGGUACCACCUCAUACAGUGAGAAUGUGGGAGCCCUCGGUAUUACAAAGGUUGGCAGUCGCAUGGUGAUUGUAGCCAGUGGAGUCUUGAUGGUUGUCAUGGGUGUUUUUGGUAAAGUGGGAGCUAUAUUCACCACUAUCCCAUCACCCGUGAUAGGAGGAAUGUUCAUGGUUAUGUUCGGGGUCAUUUCUGCAGCAGGAGUUUCUAAUUUGCAGUAUGCAGAUAUGAAUUCAUCUAGGAACAUCUUCAUUUUUGGCUUCUCCAUGUUCUCUGGUCUUGUCAUACCUAACUGGAUAUUAAAGAACAUGAAAGCAAUUGCUACAGGUGUGGUAGAACUUGACCAGGUGCUGCAGGUACUUCUGACAACCAGUAUGUUUGUAGGAGGUUUCUUUGGCUUCAUACUAGACAACACAAUUCCAGGGUCAAAGCAUGAACGAGGCAUUCUCGCCUGGAACAAGGUUCACGAGGAUGACUCCAGCAACACACUGGAGAGCGGAGAAGUCUACAACCUUCCUUUUGGCAUCAGCUCUUAUUUGUCUUCUUCAUCCUGGCUCCGGUACAUACCGUUUUGCCCUCCCGAUGUGCCCCGCUCCCUGGAAGGAUGCAGAGCAGAUACUAAUGCCCUGGAGCCUAAACAGCCACUGGGACACCCAGAGCCUUCACAGAUCAUCAUUGGAGUUGCUAUGUGAGCUGUGUACUCACUCCAGCAUACCAUUAUGGGGAUUUCGAAAAACCAUACCAUCAGAGGCAGCUCAGUUUGGACCUUUAGUCCUUUUUUAAAGACACUGUACUGUAACAACAUGGUGCAAAGUAUUUCUCAUGACCCUUUGGAUUGAGAUAUGCAAAUUACAUCUUGCACAGGACUGGUUGAUAUAUGGACUUCUGUUAGGGAGGUGCUUACUGUAGGUACCUAUUAAUAGAGUUUUUGUAAAUGUUGAUAAUAGAAAGUUGACAUAUAUAUAUAUAUAUAUAUAUAUAAUCUUUAAGACAUUUGUUCUGUACGGUAAUUUGUAUUCCCAGUGCAUAACACUGUUGAGUAUAAACAAUGAUUUCUUUGGUUUAAA